AUGACGCGCCGAGCACGCCAUUCCGCCAUCUCUUACGACUCGGACGCGUCUUACUCCCCCCAGAACGAAUUUGACGAUGGUGGUCUCUUUGACAAAGUUGAGCCCCUUCACUCGGAUACGUAUGCGGAGGCAACGGAUGUAGAGGACUUGAACUUCAAUGACGCAGACGGAUUCGUCGACGCUGACGUUGAAGACCAAGUCCAGCUCUUCGGUGGCAACGUUCAUCCACCUGAGUACUACCGGGAAGCCGUUGAGAAAUUCAACGAGACCGCCUACGAAGCUCAAGACUAUAGCGACGGUAGUCUACUGCUCCUCGAUGCCUGCGACGCACAAUGGCGCCAGUACUGCGAGGUGCUGGGUUGUGACCCCCAAAAAUGUUUGGAGUCUGUCUCCGAGUCCAGCUCCCUGCGGCUUUUGUAUAAUUUUUUUGACUGGUCCCUCAACCAGAAGGUCGGUAAGGAUGGCAGGAAAAGGCGAGGAACGAGGAAGAGCAGCUCUUUGAGCACAUACUGGAAAGUCUUCCGACUCGUCUUCGAGAGAGCCACUGGAGACAAACUCGACCCGAAACUAAAUCGGCGUAUGCACAAGGUUCUCCGAGACCUCUCCAAAAAACAUGACUUGAGCGACCAGAGGCGAGCGAAUCGAUGCAUGACGAUCGAAGAUCUCAAGGAGCAAAUCGAAACGACAAUUAGCACGACAAAAAUCGUUCAGGCUUGGGGAACUUCGGAUCCUUGCUGUUCUCUUUCUCCUUCUUCUUGCACCCGCUGGAGCUCGCCCCACAUCCAUCCUGCGUCUCCGGUUUGGAGACAUCCGGCUCGCACUGCCUUCACGAAAACGUACCUCGGUGUCAAAGAUGCGAAAACAUUUCCUCUUCCAGAGACCUUGGCCGACCCUUCCUUGCUACUCAAUCCUCACAUCUUCCUGCUAGGCAUUCUUUUCCGCCAUCGCGCGUUCCGAGCAACAAGUCUCAAUUCACCCGCACAGCUUGCCAAUCUUGAUAUCCACCCUGAGGAGCGGGAGCUACCUCUGCCGCUCAAGGACGAUCUAAAAGACACAUAUAUAUUCCGACGGGCUAUGAAAACCUUUAUCGGCUAUGAGCUAUCCCAGGACAAGCCUCUUUCUUACCAGAUGAUUGCACAAUGGAUCAGAAGGGUUGGCGAAAUAUUGGGGUUGGAAUACCCCACCAUCCCCUACAACUUGCGUUAUAAUGCGGCCAAUGAGUUCGAUCGAACCGAUAUCAGCGAGUCGCUGCGAAAUCUUGCUCUAGAUCACGCCAAUUCGAAUCCCUUUCAGAAGCACUACCUGGGACGGGAGAGCAAGACCUUCGGCAUCAUCGCCCAGGUUCAAAGAAGCACAUGGAACUCCGCCGUCGACUGA